UUUCCUUUUGAGAUGAGAACUCCUCUUCUCUUCAAAAGCUCUAUCCUCUUCUCUUAUCCCUAAAGUCUACCCCCCCUUAAAAUCAAAAAAAUUAAGAUUAAAUAAAAACGCGAUUAGGGUUUCAACACUUCAGCGUUUGCUUCUGAGAAAAUCCCUGAUCCCGUACAAGUUACCUCUCUUUGGUUCCUUAUCUCUUUCCCCUUUUAUUCCUUGCAAAACUUUCUCAAUUUGAUCCUGUUCCAGCGUGAAUUGUUCUCUCCCCUUUCUGGGUUUUCUUUGUACUCUUAAGAAAACCCCAUAAAAUCCCAAUCUCACCUCCUCUUUCGUCUUAAACUUAGGGUUUUAUUGGAGAUUGUAGCAGGUGGAUUUUCGUUGAUUUUGCGUCUGUUGUGGAAUUGCUUUGUGGGUUUGGCAGAAUUAGGGUUUUGGAGAAUUGGGUGUUCAUCAAAAAGGCAUCUUGUCGAUUCUUCUACUAUAUGAUCGAAAGGAUUUGAUUCUGAGGGGCUCUUAUUCUUCCUUGGAUGAUGAGUUCGAAUUCGACGAUCUCGACUGAUGAAUUCGUUCCGGGGAGAAAACUUGUUGUUCAUCUUGCCCAAAAUGGGCACACUAUGGAGUUUGAAUGUGGAGGCUCAACUCCGGUUGAUUCAAUUCAGAGGAAUAUCGAAUCUCUCUCUGGUGUGCCGUUUGCUGAUCAGCUGUUAAUGUGUGGUAAAGUUUAUUUGGAUCCUCAGCAGCCGUUGGCUUAUUACAAGCUCCCUCAGGACAAUCGUGAGGUUUUUGUUUAUAACAAAGCUAGACUUCUCGAAAACUCCCCUCAACCGCCUCCCGAAAGUGUCGAAGUACCCAAUGCAGUAGUCCCUCCUUUAUCUUCCCGAUGUAACAAUCCUCGCCGUUUUGAUGAUGUAUCUGAUCCUGCUUUAGUGGCUUUAGGGUCUUAUGAGAGGAAGUUUCGGUAUCAUUAUAACUUUGCCGAUGCAUUUCACCGGUGCACAGCUGCAAAAUAUGAGCUUUGUAAUAGGCUGUUGCGGGAGCAACUAGUGCAAGAAAGGGCAUUGGAGACCGUUCGAGGCAACUUAGAGUUUGCUUUUAAGAAGCAGCAGCAGAGGUACUCGGAGUUCAUUAGGUGUUUCACUGAGCAGCAUAGGGUUCAUGCUGAGAUUUUGGCUAAUCUCGGGAGGGAUAUGGAUAGGCUGCGAUCAUUAAGUCUUCACCCUGCAGUUCAGUCAGAGCGUCGGAAGUGUUUAUUGGAUCUUGUGAAGGAGGAUGAGCUAAUAAAGUGGGCAGAGGUUUGCAUUAAUUCUCAUAAGCAGUUUGAGAAUAAGGUUUCACAACUAAAGAUGAAUUUCGGGGAGCUUAAGAAGAAGGUGGAGAGUGUGUUCUCGGUCAUGAGCUCCGCGAGUAGCAAGGAUUUGGAGGCUCUUAUUAAGGAUCAUCAGAAGUUUCUUAAUGAGCAAGAGCUUAUAAAAAUUACUUUGAGCAAAGAUGUCAACACUGUGGUGAAACUAGUUAAUGAUUCUGUGAACCACCAGUUAUCGUCGUCACUUCGUCCUCAUGAUGCAAUUUCUGGUCUUGGUCCUAUUUAUGAAGCUCAUGAAAAAAAUUGUCUUCCGAAAGUGCAGAACUGUGAUAAUCAUAUAUCGAAACUUCUAGAUACAUGCAAGGAGAAGAAAAAUAAUAUGAAUUUAUUAGUGCAUGUGUCUAUGCAAAAAGUAAAAUCGACUCAGAUUAGCAUCAAAGAGCUGAUGAAUAAGCUUCAUGCAUUUGAAGAGGCAGUGGGACACCAGGAGAAGGAAUUUGAGCAUCUAAAAUUUGUAAAUGGAGUUGGUCACGCCUAUAGGGCUUGCCUUGCUGAAGUAAUAAGAAGAAAGUCAUCGUCGAAGUUAUACAUGGGAUUAGCUGGACAGCUGCAAGAAAGGCUUGCAACUGAGAGAGAGGCUGAGAUUAGAAGAAGGGAAGGCUUUUAUAAAGCAUGGAGCAAGUACAUACCCCAUGAUAUAUUAGCAACCAUGGGUUUGCUUGAUUCUCCCAAUCAAUGUGAUGUUAAUAUGGUGACGCAAUUUGAUAAAAAUUUACUGGAAAUUGAUGUUGCUGAUGUGGAUCGCUAUGCUCCUCAAGCUGUUGUUGGCUUGCCUCUAAAAAGUGACAAGAAGAAAUUACCAAAAAGCAACUUAGCUACAUCAAGUGAGAGCUGUAACUUCAACAAAUCUGAAGAAAGUGGUCUAGGUAACAAUACCAAGGAUGACUUUGAUGGGCUUUUUGACGGUUGUGAAUCUAUAGAUAUUGCCGGCACUAGUAAGAUUGAAGUUGAGAAUGCUAGACUGAAAGCUGAAUUAGCUUCGGCAAUUGUCUUCAUUUGUACUUUCAAUGCAGGGAUCGGGUUUGACCCAUUUGAAAAAUGUGAACCAGAUGAAAUGUUGAAGGACAUAAAGGAAAAGACUGCUGAAGCUCUGCAGUCGAAAGAUGAGUACGUAAAGCAUCUUCAAUCUAUACUAAAUAGGAAGCAGGAGCAGUGUUCCGCAUAUGAAAAACGCAUUCAAGAGCUUGAACAGAGAUUAGAGGAUCAGUAUGCACAGGGCCAAAAAUUUUCAGUCAAAGAUGCAUCUGAAUCAGUCCUUUCUGCCUUCAAAACUGAUGGCUACGGGGAAAGUAACAAUCCUUGCAUGUCAUCUGUUUCUAUGGAUGAGGGAUCUUCUACAUCUGCACUUGACCCUAAACUUGAUCUCCUAACUGGAGAAACGGGCAAAACCGGAGAUAGCGGAGAUGAAAACAUGACAGAUAUUUCAGGCAUUCUGAAUAUGCAGUCAUUGGAUCCUGCCCGCAAUUUUAUGGAUGCAUCAAUGCAGGAAACACCUCGAGAUGAGCAACAAGUCAGUGAUACUGAAAAUAACCAAGUUGGUCACCAAAACAAAGACAUACUUGAAGAUGUAAAUAGGGAAGUGAAAAUGACUAGUGUAACACAUAGUUCUGGUAGUGUCACCGGGGAUGCUCUUGGGAUAUCACCUUCUGGAGUUGAACCUGAACUUAGCGUGGAUUCAGAGACAAGGGGCAGUCUUGUAUUCAACUUGCAAAAUGCGCUGGCAGACAAAUCAAAUCAGUUCAUUGAAACUGAAAAUCAGUUGAAAGCUGCUAUGAAGGAGAUCAGCUCCCUUAGAAAAGAACUUGAUGAAUCUCAGAUCAAUUGUGCACAUUUGGAGAACUGUCUGCAUGAAGCAAGAGAAGAAGCACGCACAAAUCUAUGUGCAGCUGAUAGAAGGGCGUCCGAGUACAGUGCUCUGCGUAUGACUGCUGUAAGAAUGCACAGUCUCUUUGAAAGGUUCCGUAGUUGUGUUACUGCACAAGUCGGAGUGGCUAAUUUUGCAGAUACGUUGCGAUCUCUAGCUCUUUCUUUGACCAGUUCCAUAAGCGAGGAUGAAGAUGAUGGUACUGCAGAGUUCCGGUUAUCUAUCAAGGUUCUUUCAGAUAAAGUGAGUUUCUUGUCUCAUCAUCGUUCUGAGCUUAUAGAACGCUGCUCUAGAGCUGAAGCUGAACUUGAAAAGAAGACUGAGCAGGUCAACAGUUUAUACACGAAACUGCGCAAUGAAAAGCAGGCAAGCACUAAAAAGAUAUCUUUUGUUCAUCUUGAAGUCCACGAGCUUGCUUGUUUCGUUCGAAACUCUGCUGGGCAUUAUGCAGCCAUCCACCGAAACUCUUCCAACUACUACCUCUCAUCAGAAUCUGUAGCCCUCUUUACCGAGCAGUAUUCUGGAAAACCCACUUAUAUAAUCGGGCAAAUUGUGCACAUUGAGCGUCGAUUUGUGAGGCUGCCAACUUCACCAAGGACUGACUCUGAUGCUUCUGAAAGCUCCAGCAACCGGCUAUCUCCAGUUUCUUGUGAUGUAUCUAACACUUAUGGACUUCCCGGUGGUUGUGAAUAUUUCAUAGUGACAGUAGCGAUGCUACCCGAUACCAUUGGUUCAUCUCCUUCCUGAUCUCCUCGCCUUCGGCUGAAAUGAAGGAAGAAAAAUUAUAAUAAGUGUAAAUAUUAUGAACAUACCUAUGGUGGGUGGUAUCGUCUUUUGUAUAGAUUAUAUACUCUUUUCUUAUGUUGCUACUUCUCAUCUGUGUAUAUACUGCACCCAACCUCCUGGUUCGAUGCGGUUAGGAUAUGUGAAUAUUAUUUAAACUCUUUUAAUGGCAUUCAGUCAAGAUGAUGGCUCAUGGGAGGAAAACGAAAGGAAUAACUUG